AUCAUUGUAACAUUUCCUAAAGCUCUUGCAUUUUUCAGGUGAGCCCGUUAUCAGAUAAAAAUAAAAACAACGCAAGGACGCGACAGAAAAUAAUCCACUAGUAAAAAACAUUCAGCAAAAGUGGCCAGUCUCAGGCCGGCGCCACAUCGAUCGGCUGAUUCACAGCGCGCAGUAAGAGCCUUAUUCGAUGACAUUUCGACAGUCGACAUCGUCAAAAAUAUGUUUACACAUUAGCACUCUAUUCCAUUGUAAUAAGGCGAAAAAAUGAGUAGAUAUCUUUAGCGUCGAUCAAACCAUGUCCUGUUUCGCUACUGCGCGAAUUUCCUGUGAUUCAUUUGAAUGUGGAGGUGCCAAUUUCAGCCGCUGUAGUGCCCGCCACAUGCGUGGCAGGAGCGCCAGUGUGCAGUCGGUGUAUAACAAGUGUUUUUUUUUUCUUUAAGAUAACAUAUGAGUACAACAAGUGUCUGGAUGCGGUGUGAUUUAUUUUUAUCAUGGAGCUGACACUAUUUGUGAUAACGUUUCUGUGGUCUUUAAAAAUGUCCUCGGGGAUUCGCUGUUACAGCUGUGAGGUAGAGCACACCACAGCGUACAACAAGGCAGCCAAGACAUUUCAAGCCACACAAACGUGCGACCACUUCAACGGCAGCGACGUCAAUGCCAUAGAUUGCCCGGAGUCAACCAUGUGCGUGAAGCGAGUGACUACGCAGGACAUCGGGCCAGACCUUUCAUCCAAAAGCGUGAGACGCGGCUGCGCCCCUCAAACCACAGAGGGUAUGCAAGAAAAGGUCGGAAGGCAUUGGAGGCCCGUGAACAAAAUCUACGAAGUGUACGAAGAGGGUUGCAUUGACGACCCGAGUAACGAGCACAAGCUUACUAAAACAGUGCUGUGUUACUGCAGGGGGGACCUGUGUAACAGUAGUGGGAAGAUAUCUAUAUUACCCGCUACUUUGCUGAUAGCAUUAGGAACAAUGUUCCUAUUUCGACCGUGUACUUAAAAUUGUGUAUAUCAGUUUAUUUAUUUUCCAA